AUGGCCGCUUACCAGGAACCUAGCUAUAUUGAAAGACGCUCGGCAGCUGCACAUCUCUCUCAAGCAAUAGCAGCUUCUCACGAUCGACAAUUAUCAGAGGAGCAAUCGAAUAAUGAUCGGCUGUACACUUCAAUACCACAAAUGGAUGGGGCGAUGGAAUCAAAUCAACACCUUCGGCUCGGUGGGGACCAAGUAGCAAUUUUCGUCCAUGCUGGCGCCGGAGUCCAUAGCUUUGAGCAUGAAAAAGACCACCUUGCUGCUUGUGCAAACGCGCAAUUCAAUCAGGGCAAUGAUUGGAUGCUUGCGAAAUGGGAGUACGAACAAUGGAAGACUAUCAUUUUGGUCGAAGUGGGGCAGUUGGUGCUCUCCAAGGUCAGGAAGCUCAUGUGCUCAUGGCCAGAACAGGAUCUUCUAACGAUGUCAGGCGUCAAAAACCCCAUUCACGCAGCUCGAGAAGUUUUAGAGCAGACUAAACAAAGACUCUCGUUUGGCCGUGUGCCAGCCAAUCUCCUCACAGGAGAUGGAGCUCUAAAAUUUGCUGAAGAUCAUGGCAUAUGCACCUGUCACCCGAUAUGCCUAGUAGCACCUGCAGCAGGGCGCAAACAUUCUGAAUGGAAGAGCCAAGUCGAUAAGGCUGAGGAAGAAGAGGAAGACGAGGAAGACGAGGCUAGCAGCAUUGCAGUGGACUCUGUGCAGGACAACAUAGAUCCCGAGUACUCAGCCUCUGACAAUAUAAGCUUAUGGAAUGAGGGUCAACCACAAACACCUCGCAUUCCUGGAUCUGAAUUUGGAGACGCAACAAUACCUCCUAUUCCCAGGGUCAAGAAACGCUCUCCUUCUCAGACAAAAGGAGCUCUCAAACGGCCUCAGCAGUACGAUAUCGAUCAAAUAGAAUCCGUCAAUGGAAUACCCAUAGAUAGAAUAAAAGCGAAUGACCAGAGCGAGCAAUUUUUCGAGGCAGCUUUCGGAUGGAACGACGAUACAGAUCUCAAUGGGCUAUACUCUUUCGGCAUGACUCGCUCCAACCCGUCUCUUCCGCCAAGCUUAUCUCGCCUGACUGGAACAAAUGAAGCGGAUCAUCAUGCUCUGAUGUCAAAUAAAAAUUUGGAUUUUGUGGCUUCAGAUCUCGCCUCCGCACCGACCAGUGAAUUGUACUCAAGAAACUAUGAUGCGACUCAAAAAGUUCCAAAAGAGGAUAUCAUUACGGACACCGUCGGGGUGAUAGCUGUAGAUUCUUUCGGGAAUAUCGCUGCUGCUUCGUCUUCGGGUGGCACUGGCCUGAAGCACAAGGGUCGUGUGGGGCCAGCGGCACUGAUAAACAUCGGCACAGCUGUAAUUCCUGCAGACACCGAUGACGACGAGGAUUUAGUAUCCGUUGCUUGUGUUACAAGCGGUACUGGCGAGCAUAUCGCUACAACUAUGGCUGCAGGACUUUGCGCGGAACGCGUUUAUACUUCAACUCGUCGUGGGAAGGGCGGCCGGCUUGAUCCGACUGAUGAGGAAACUGCACUGCGGGCCUGGAUAGAAAAAGAAUUCUCGCAUCCUACGAAGGGUCCCAAAUCAAAGAAGAAAAUAGAGGCACUUAAGGCUCUGAAAAAACGCCGAGUUCUCCGACAAAGGAGAGACUUUCCAAUGAAGCAAAUAUCCCCCAAAAUGAAAGCUGGGGAUAUGGAAGUAGAUCUGAACGAAAAGGAAGCGCUGAGGAAUGACAAUUUUGUCCCAGAAGCUCUAGAGCAGCAAUUUGACCAAGAUGAAGACAAAGCGGUGAAGUAA